CGGAGACGAUCUCCCGGCGGGCAGUGCGGCCCGGCUCUCCGGCGGCAGCGAGUGCCACGUCCCAAGUGUUCAGCGGAGGAGCCGAGAGGGCGGUUGGCGGGGGGCGGGGAACAGCGCGGAGCCCGACCCGGCCACGGAUCGCCCGCCGCCAUGGGCGCUUCGCAGAGCGUCGAGAUUCCCGGCGGUGGCACGGAAGGCUACCACGUCCUGCGGGUACAAGAAAAUUCCCCAGGACAUAGAGCUGGACUGGAACCAUUCUUUGAUUUUAUUGUUUCUAUUAAUGGUUCAAGAUUAAAUAAAGACAAUGAUACUCUUAAGGAUCUACUGAAAGCAAAUGUUGAAAAGCCUGUAAAAAUGCUUAUCUACAGUAGUAAAACACUGGAGCUGCGAGAGACCUCAGUCACACCAAGUAACAUGUGGGGUGGCCAGGGCUUGUUGGGAGUGAGCAUUCGUUUCUGCAGCUUUGAUGGGGCAAAUGAAAACGUUUGGCAUGUGUUGGAAGUAGAAUCAAAUUCUCCAGCGGCACGGGCAGGUCUUAGACCUCACAGUGAUUAUAUCAUUGGAGCAGAUACUGUCAUGAAUGAGUCUGAAGAUCUGUUCAGCCUUAUUGAAACACAUGAAACAAAACCAUUGAAACUUUAUGUGUAUAAUACAGACACUGAUAACUGUCGAGAAGUGAUUAUUACACCAAAUUCUGCAUGGGGUGGAGAAGGCAGCCUAGGAUGUGGCAUUGGAUAUGGUUAUUUACAUCGAAUACCUACACGCCCCUUUGAAGAAGGAAAGAAAAUAUCUCUUCCAGGACAGAUGACUGGUACACCUAUUACUCCUCUUAAAGAUGGGUUUACAGAGGUCCAGCUGUCCUCGGUUAAUCCCCCAUCUUUGUCACCACCUGGAACCACAGAAAUUGAACAGAGUCUGUCAGGACUUUCUAUUAGCUCAACUGCACCAGCUAUCAGUAAUGUUCUCAGCACAGGUGUACCAACAGUACCAUUAUUGCCACCACAAGUAAACCAGUCCCUCACUUCUGUACCAUCGAUGAAUCCAGCUACUACAUUACCAGGUCUGAUGCCUUUACCACCAGGACUACCUAACCUGCCUGCCCUCCCCAACCUCAACCUCCCCACACCGCACGUCAUGCCUAGCGUCAGCCUUCCAGAACUCGUGAACCCAGGUCAGCAUACGGACCCAGAUGGCAGCUGGAGCCCCAGCUACACACACCAUUCUCAUUCCAGCCAGAAGAGCAACUCCUGUCCCCCUUCCUUUGGGGGCAAUUCAGAAAAGUUUCACACAGCACUUUAGCUCACAUCCUUCUGGCCAGUGUGGAGUCACCAGGCCACUUUUAGCUGAAAAAGAGACUGAGAUGAAGUCUUUAUCUCAUCAUAUGCCCAGCCAUUGCUGAUAAGGAAGAGGAGUAACUAAUGCAACCUAAGUGCCUGGCUGGGGAGUUGGGCCUUUGUCUUAAAAACAGGAGUCACAAAAGAACAAAACAAAGAGGAAGAAAAGAAAAAGAAAAUAAGAAAAACAGUCACUGGAGGAGUAUUUCCUUGGGGAAAAGCUCAGAUUUGCAUUUGAGAAAGCCUGCCUAGCAGAGUGGAGGGGGCAGAGCGUCAGGGCCAGGGAAGUGGCUCUGUUACUCAAAGGCCACUUUGGUAGCUAAGACCAUCUGUGAUGAUGACUUUACGUUUCCCCUUGGUUUUUGUUCCUGUUUUACUGAAUGUGCUUACCUUUGAAUAGCCUCAUUUAGCUCAUUGCCUGGAAAGUGAAUAUAAAAAGGAGAAACAGUUUCCUCAUUUGUGAGAUACCAACUACAGUUCAAGGAUGGCUCUUCCUUGGCCUGAAGGUGAAGGCCUCCCCUCUAAUUAUCUGACCACCCAGCAAGCCUUUCCACCCGCUUAAAAUCACCUCAAUUAGAGUAUGGAUAGCUGGGCCCUUGGGGUUUUGAAAAGCUUCCCAGGGGACGAGAGCCCCUCAUAGGGACAUUUCUCUCCCUCAUUGAGCCUGUCCCCUCCCAGGCUGCAAUUAGCAGCUGGCUCAGCACCUCCUUCUCAGUGAUAAUUGAGUCAGGCUGCCUUGUAACUUGGGGACGUAAUAAGGCAAUAGGAACGUCAUUGUCUACUAAGACACACCACUCGGCAAAGUGCACAUUAGAAGAGAGCCCUUUUUAUCGCUGAUAAUUUUUGCAUUUGAUGUAGGAGGAGCAGUUUCAGGUUUUGCUGACCAAUGCAUUCCUUUAUAGGCCUUGGGACCACUCCUAGGCUGGCGGCAUCCUGGGAACUGGGGAAGGGGGGGGGGGGGGUGGAGAGAAGGGGCUGUUCACAAGGAUGCAGCCAGGGGCAGAGGCUUGCUGCCAACUGCGGAAGGAAGGCCGGCACAGUUUAUACCUGUUAAAGCGCAGCUGAGGCUGAGAAGUGCAGGAAAAGCUGCGUCUCCAGGGAACUGGCCACUCUCCUCCAGUUCAAAUAACACACGAGAAGACACUCCUUCCGCUGGUGGAGGUGCGCUCCAGGGACUUUGGGUGUUACCAACUCCUUCCGCUGGUGGAGGUGCGCUCCAGGGACUUUGGGUGUUACCAGCUUUGAGGCUGCACCAUACUUCUGGCAAUAGGAAGGCCUCUGCUCCUUGAAGGCCACUGGGCCUUGGGAUAAUAACAGCCAAUGCCCACUGCUUAGUGCUCAGUGCUCAGUGAGGAGCCAGGCCAGGUCUGUGCAAAGCCCUUUACAAGACAAUCUGCCCAGCGAACAAGAGGUAGCCAACUGGCUUCCCCAACGUGGUUCUUUGAUCUGCCCUGUAUAUAUUAAAAUGUGAAUCAAUUGCCAACAUUUAAAAGUCAGAAAAAGUCCCAAGAUCCAGCAACACUGGGUUCUGUCCACAAGGAAACAAGCGCCAUCUUGAGCCUACGCCCUCCAGUCUGCCACAGUCCCCACCUGGUCCACUGCUUUCUGCCACCUGCCUGGCCCACAGACAACUUGCAGUGUCUGCAGUAUGAUCCUGGUAGCGAUGGGUGGGAAACCAGGACUUCAAGAACUUGGAGGGUCCAGAGCCUAGGGAAUCCAGGAUCAGAAACAAGAUCCUCCCUGGACUCCCUUGUUUUAGAUCCAUGAAUCUUGGUGGAACAGGCUCUAAGGCAGCGGUUCUCAACCUGUGGGUCGCGACCUCUUUGGGGGUCGAAUGACCCUUUCACAGGGAUCGCCUAAGACCAUCAGAAAACACAUAUAUAAUUACAUAUUGUUUUUGUGAUUAGUCACUAUGCUUUAAUUAUGUUCAAUUUGUAACAAAUUGGGGGUCACCACAACAUGAGGAACUGUAUUAAAGGGUCGCAGCAUUAGGAAGGUUGAGAACCACUGCUCUAAGGUAAACGAAGUUUGACGCAGUCACUUAAACUAUAAACCUGGGGGAGAAAUAGUUGUCUGGACAAUGGCUGGGACAGUGACCGGAAUUUGGGUUUUAUCAGCCUCUUCCUAAAGCCAAUUCUGGGACCCCAAGCCCAUUAGUUAUUUACCUUACCAACCAACUCUGUUGGAAUUUAUCAUCAGUUCUCUUUUAGGGAACAAGGAGUAGGUGAUACAAGGUCCUGAAUACCUGAGAGGCUUGCCCUCCACUCAAUACAGCCUCACAUCCUUGUAGAGCCGUGGUUCUCAACCUUGGCUGCACAUUAGAAUCAUCUGGGAAUCUUUUUAAAAUCCUGAUUUCUGGGCCUCAUCCUCUGGAAAUUCUGUUUCUUUGUUACUAAUGUUGUGGCCCCAUCCCAUAACAAAGAAACAGAAUUUCCGGGGGACGAGGCCCAGAAAUCAGGAUUUUAAAAAGAUUCCCAGGUGAUUCUAAUGUGCAGCCAAGGUUGAGAACCACUGUCCUAGCGGGAAGUGGCUCACAUUUGCCCAGCCGUGGCCAGGCUGACCUGGUUUGGCAUCGGGACUACGCCUGCCUGAGGUUGUAAGGAAGCACCUUCGAGAAGCACUUGAAUUAGAGUGGUUAGGAUGGGGCUCUGGGGCCUUAUUUCUUCUCUUAUACACAUGUGUAUUAUCAGAAUUUAAAAAAACAGAUUUGAGUUACUUCUUAGUCAACAAAAGCUAGGGUUAUUUCCAUGUAAGGACAGAUGGGAGACUUACAGAGCCAGGACUGCCUAGCUGGAGGGGAGCGUGGGCUGGUGAUCUGCAGCAGCAUUUACAGGGAGCCUGGUCAUACACACGGAGCUCUCUACAAAGAAAUCCCUAUCAAUGGUCCUAGACUGGAAUUACCACCGAUGUUUGCUCAAACUCCAGAUCACAACACAGUGCCAGUCUGUUGUGUCUAAAUCACAACAGCCAGAAAUGUCCCCGUGUGGUUCAGACAGCUGUGCUAAGCCGAGGGCCCAGAGACAUGAUGGCAGCAGUCCCUGUCGCCUCUAGACAUUGUUCAGCUCUCCAGAAGGAAUGUUAGCCGUCGGGUACAUGAAGUAUACACAGGUCUAAUAUUUCCUUUGAAGAUCAGCUGAACAACCUGUGUGCUUUCGGACAAUGGGGAGCCUGAGUGUGAGAGCGCAUGCACUGUCUUGUUAGGGAGCUGAAUAAAAACAAGAAACCGGCUCUUGUGGAGCCCAGGGACUCCGCUCAUUCCAAUGUCAAUAAAACAAGCCGUUUGCCCACC